AUGUUGGCAUUGAAUAGGAAAAGAGCGAUCUCAUCAGAUGAAGAUUGCACAUACAAACAAGAGAAAAAACAGACCAUAGAUCAAACCAAAGAAGUAGAUGAAAGUGAUCAAGAGCAUGACGAGAGAGAAUCAUACUAUAGAAGACUCGUAGGUAACUUUUUUAUGGUUGGAUUUGAGGGGACUUCUGUUAAUGAAGAAAUUGCUAGUUUGAUAUCGAAAUACUAUAUAGGUAGUAUCAUUUUAAGUGGACGAAAUUUUAUUGAUGCAACUCAAACGAAAAAACUAAUUACAGACCUCCAAGCUAUUGCAAAAAAUUCUGGAUACAAGUAUCCCAUAAUCUUUGUUAUAGAUGAAGAAGGGGGCAUGCUAAACUCUUUAUUUGACAGGGAAUUUGUCACCCAGUUUCCAGGUGCAAUGGCCAUGGGUGCUGCUGGUUCAGUGGAUCUCACAUACAAAGUAUAUCGUUCGAUAGCAAAAGAGCUAAAGUCUAUAGGUUUUUCCAUGUAUUUGGGUCCUGUUCUUGACAUAUUGAAAUACCGGGUAGCCACGUUUAUUCAGCAGAUGAUCGGUGUGCGAGCAUAUGGGUACAACGCUCAAUCCGUUGUAGAGAUGGGUAGAGUAGCCGCUAAAGCUUUUAAGGAUGAACAAUUAUUCAACUGUGGAAAACAUUUUCCAGGAUAUGGGUCAGCCACCAUUAAUUCAAACUUUGAGCUUCCCAUGAUAUUAGAAUCAACAGAGCAGUUGUUUGAAUCCAGUCUUAUUCCUUAUAUGGAACUAAUUAAAGAAGAUUUAUUAGAUAGCAUUUUGGUUGGGGGGUGUGCUGUUCCGGGGGUUAAUAAUAAUGAUUUACAUGCAUGCUUGAGUCCCACAAUUGUCACUAAUAUACUCAGGGACCAGCUAAAUUUUAAGGGCGUUGUGGUUAGUGAAUGCUUGCUACUUGAAGCACUAGACAGAAAUUUUGGGGUUGUACAAGGAUGCAUUAGUGCCUUUUCAGUUGGAUGUGAUUUGAUAAUGCUUUGUAGUAAUUAUAGAAUUCAGAGGGAGGCAAUAGUUGCUCUAAAGUCAGUGAUUGAAGAUUGCUCCAUUGAUCAAAAAAUUGUGGAAAAUUCUUUAGACAGAAUUCACCAUUUACAUAAGAAACUGCCAUCUUGGACAGAGGUAUUAGCAGAUCGUUCGAUGUUAUCACCUGAUGUCAUUGCUCACCAUAAAUCACUUUCCAUGAAAGCUUAUGAAAAAUCAAUUACAGUUAUCAGAGAUGCAGGAUUACCGAUAAAUAAAUACUUAAAUGAAAAUGUAGAGAAUGAGAACACGAUACUCAUACUCACACCACUGAUAACCCCUUUAUACGAAACAAUAGAUAAAAGUGGUCACAAAUCUCACAUAAAUAGCAUUGACAAAACAGAGUUUUCCAAGUUAAAUUUGAAUUAUGGGGAGGAUGUAUUUAUUAAAUUUGGUCAGUAUCUAUCUAAGUACAGAUCAGGCUAUAAUAUAUUACAUUCAAGCUAUAAUUCCAACGGGAUUACCUCUUUUCAUGAAGAACUGAUCCUAAAAUCUAAAGUGAUUUUAUUUUUUUGCGCUGAAACUUCUAAUAAUCUUUAUCAAGUUGGUGUGUCAAAGCAUGUAUCAAUGCUAUGCAAUUCUGUACCCAACAGAAGCAAGGUAGUAGAUACUACUAAUUCUAAAAAGAUGAUUAUAAUCAGCGUGGCUUCCCCAACGGACUUUUUAUAUGAUAUUAAUCUUGGAGGAUCACCUACAGGCUAUGUUUGCACUUAUGAUUACACAUUUGACGCCUUAUAUCAUUUGCCAAAAAUAUUAUUUGGUGAAAGGAAGGCUACUGGGAAGAUACCGGGUCUCAUUGUCCAAUCUACAUCCAAAACAGCCAAUGUCGAAAAGAAUAACCAUCGUAAGCACAGUUGGUUGGUUGAAACAUUUAAUUUCAAGAGAGAUUGGAAUAAUUUGGUGACACUUUUGAAGAAUAACAACUAUUUAGCAUAUUCUGAGAAGGAUUCGGUUUUGACCAGCUUGAAGCUUUUGAUGUAUGAUACGGAGAAUCAUUGUUGUUUUGUUGUCAGGAAUACCAGUCUAAAUAUUAUACUGGGAUUUUCCAGUGCAUGGGUUUAUCCAAAUCAUACUAAGAAUACCAUUGGUGGUAAGACCAAUAUUGGCAACUUUAUGUUCCUUUUGGUCGAUAGAAACAAGAGAGAUAUUUCAAUUGGUAAUUAUUUGUAUACAAAAACUGUGAAGUAUUUGUUUGAAGACAGAGAUUGCUUCAAAGUAUAUUUGGGACGUAACUUCCCAAAAUUUACAACUAUAAAUGAUUUGCUGCUAAAUCCUACAGAGGGAAACAAUAGAACUUUGGAAUUUUUUAAAUCGUAUGGAUGUGAUCUCAGUGACGAAGCAUCAGUAUCAGCAAUAUCUUCUCAUUUAGGAAGAGCACACACAGGAGCCGGGAAGUCUAAGUUACAAAAUCUUCAAGGAUCAUGCAAUUUGGGCUUUGGAAUAAACCAGAGCAUAGAGGUAAUAACUGAUGAAAAUAUUUUAGACAAGUCUACUGGAGUGCAAAAUGGUCCAAAAUCUCAACUUGAUGUUAACAUUUUAAAGAAGAAAGUCAAAUGUCUAAUGAAGCUCGACAAUAUUUUGAGCUGGAAAGUUUCAGAAAAUUUGGUUCGUCAACUACAAGUUGUGGGGAUAAUGUUUGAUAUUUGUAGGAACCCUGCAGAUAUUCUAUCUUCCCAAAAUAGCACUUCUAAUGAUAUAGAACGUCAAUUAGAUUUAAGUAGCCAUGAAAUAUACUCGGAACUAUUGAAGGACUUUAAUUCGUGUGGUAAAGAUAAGCAAUAUUUUGAUGGAUCCAGUAACCUACAGAUCAUUGUGGCUAUUGAGCCAUUGAGAAAGAGCAUAGUUGGCAGUUUGGUAGUUUUCAAUGAUAAAUCAAAAUUCUCAAAAUUCUAUCCUUCUCUUCAAUUUUCUACUGAGUUACAACUGUCCCAACUCCAGAGGUACGCAUGUAUUGCAGGUCUAUUUGUCGAUCCAUCGUAUACGGCUCUCUCUGAAGUUUUCGAAUUGGGGUUGAUAUGCACUGCUCUGAUGUUUGUGAAAGGUCAACACAAGGAUUGUCCCAGAGUUUUUAUUACAGAUGUCAAUGAAAACCAAGUGAAAAGUCUCAACGAUAACGGAUUUGACAUUGUGGAUAGAUACUAUAAUUACUAUGGCGUGAUUAUUGAGGAUUAG